AUGGUUUCGAAAACUUGUGAUGAUGAGCUGCCAGGAUUUGAAGUUCCCGCAGCGGCGGAGGGCUCUCAAAAGGAGGUUGCGAAUACCAAAAAGAAAAGUUCUGGAGGGUUUCAGUCCAUGGGGUUUAGCUUUCCGGUUCUGAAAGGUAUUACAAAGAGAGGCUACAAGCAACCGACUCCGAUACAAAGAAAGACAAUUCCAAUAGCAUUGGAAAGUAAAGAUGUUGUAGCUAUGGCUAGAACUGGUUCCGGUAAAACAGCUUGUUUUGUCUUACCUAUACUGGAGAAGUUAAUUUCACCAGCUCAUAAGGCUUUGCCUGGCAAAAAUUUGAGAGCGCUCAUUUUAUCACCAACUAGAGAAUUGGCCUUACAAACUAUAAGGUUUGUCCGAGAAUUGGGAAAAUUCACUGGCCUCACAUCAGCAGCAAUCCUUGGAGGGGAGUCUAUAGAACAGCAAUUUAGUGUCAUGUCUGGAAAUAUACCUGAUAUAGUUGUGGCAACACCAGGACGUUUCCUGCAUAUUUGUAUAGAAAUGAGCUUAAAGCUAGAUAAUAUAAGAGUGGUAGUGUUUGAUGAGGCAGAUAGACUUUUUGAGCUAGGAUUUGGUGAGCAACUGCGUGAAAUUGUCGCUAGACUACCAUCCAGUCGACAGACUUUACUGUUCUCUGCAACAUUGCCAAAAAUGCUAGUGGAAUUUGCCCGAGCUGGUCUAAGUGAUCCUGUGCUGAUAAGACUGGAUGUAGAUUGGAAGUUACCAUCUACGUUGUGGUUGGGUUGGAUUGUUGUGAGAGCCGAGUUGAAGACUGCAGCUUUGUUGCUCCUGCUAGACAAAGUUCUUACCACAAACACCCCUCAAGCAGUUGUUUUUGCUGCUACAAAGCAUCAUGUGGAAUAUUUGCAUUUGGUACUUCACCAAGCUGGUAUAUCAUCCACUUACGCCUAUUCUGGUUUGGACGCGUCGGCUCGUAAAAUCGCUUUGGGAAAAUUUACAAAUAAGAAGUGUUCCGUAUUGAUAGUAACAGAUGUUGCUGCUCGAGGUCUGGAUCUGCCAUCUUUGGAUACAGUUAUCAACUACAAUUUUCCAGCUAAACCGAAGUUAUUUGUACAUAGAGUCGGUAGAAGUGCCCGUGCUGGUAGAUCCGGGCGAGCUUUCUCAUUGGUGGCAGCAGAGGAUGUCGCCCAUUUACUCGACCUGCAACUCUUCCUCGGAGCUGAGCUGAUAAAUCCUUCGCAGGUGAAAGAGAGUGGUGCAGCAUGUCCCAGUGGCGUUUGGGGUUCAAUGUCCACUAGUGCAUUGGAGCUACGACACCAAGAUGUGAUGGCAUGGGAAAAGAAUCACUCAGAAAUCGAAGACGCGGCCCGUGUAUGCGGCCGUGGUUGGCAGCAAUAUGUGAAAUGGAGAGAACCAGCAUCAGCCGAUGCGAACAAACGAGCGAAACUCGUCAACCUGCCGACUCUGGUUCAUCCCUUCUUAUUGGAUGAGGGACAGGAAGCAGUUGUCGAGCUAGUUGAUAAGAUCAAGAACUUUAGACCUAAGGGUACAAUACUGGAGUUGACUGGUAGAAAUGAUUCACCGAUGUACCUGGCUAUGAAGGCGAAGAGACGUGUUCAUGGCAGGACGGUCCAGAAGACUAGGGAUAACAAAGAUGGAUUCGGUGACAACACUGAAAUAAACUCGCUUACCACGCCAAAUGUUCCCGUAAAAGGAAAAAAGAAAAAAGAGGUAGUUCGAGACGAGAACUAUAUACCACACUUUGCUAGCGAUCAGCACACGGAGAGCGGAAUGUCUGUAAACUUCUCGAUGGGCGCAUCGCAAGCGGAGUUAGACAUGGGCGCGGAUUGUGGCGAAGCCGACAGAGCGAAAAGAUCGCAGAUGCGGUGGGACAGAAAGAGAAAGAAGAUGGUGAACGUUGACCCCGAUGGCGGUCGUAAAAUGAUUCGUACAGAGAGCGGUGGGCGGGUGCCCGCGUCGUACCGAAGUGGAAAAUACGACGAAUGGAAACGAAGGAAUAAUGCCCACACGGAUUACGAUAACGAAGAAGAUCAAGGACGCAAGCCUAAUAAACAAGCAUCAGAAUUCCGUCCACGCUGGGUGAAGCACAACGAGAGAGUAGCGAAGAAAAAUGCAGAAAAAUCCUCGCACGAAAUCAGGGACAAGCAGCAGAUUGUCAAAGAGCGAUUACGGAGGGAGAAAAUCAAACAGAAACUCAAAUAUAAAAUGCGCUCCAAGAAGAAAAAGAAGUGA